UUAAAUCAUUGGUGCUUUCAUUUCUAUUGGGAAUAGAAUGGAAAUGUAACCCUGUACUUUAAAUCUCUUUGGGGAGUUGAGUUGCAGAAGGGACCCCACCACUAUUUAUAUCACAAGCAUUACAACCCCUUCUUUCUCUAGUCAUGUUUGGAGUCUUCCAUGCUGUAUUCCUUUUUUAUGCUGCUUCUAAAGUGUGUUCUGACAAGCCGUGUAGUUGACAAGACAAGGUAAUAUACAAACCACGACUGUCAAAUUUGUGAUAUCUCUGGGAAACAGACAGCCGAGCCAUUUGCAAUGUAUGGUGCUGACAGCUAGGGAGUAUGAGACCUCCAGGGCUCAUUUCUCUGAAAAACAAUCAGGUGAAAAUGACUUGAGUUUAUUAUCACAGACCUGGACGGGAUUGGAACUCGCUACCCAGGGAGAAAGUCUUUGUAUCCUCCUUCCAGUCCACUUAGCUUCCUUGUAAUACAGAAAGAGCCCAUGCAGCCAGGGGCAUUUGUAAAACGCAAAGAGCAUGGCUUAAAAGGCUUAACCAAGUAAACACCACCUUUAUUGUAACCCAACCAUAAUCACAGAGCCAUUUUCUAAACAGAGAGGUCCCUGCUUUGUAAUGGGUGUUUGAGUUCAAGUGAUUGUAGCCUGUUCAACUGUAACACAUUUUUAUUUGUUUAUUUUCAACCAGGAAAUAAAAGUGAGAUUUUUAGUACAGACAGAGGUGUCCUAAUUGUUUCCUAUGGUCAUUUUGGCCUCUCAGAAAAAGUGAAUUACUUUUCAUGACCCUAUUCUGCUGUAUGCAAAUAUCACAUUGCAUUUGGAGUUUGAGGUGUUUUAGGUGGGUCAGGUAGAUUUAUUUUGUGAAGUAUUGGUUUUGCUGAGUGGCUAAGCAAGAGGAAGUAAGGUAGCAAGAUGUGACAAGAGGAUAUAGCUAGAGUAUAAAUCAUGUACACUGUAUAAGAAAUCACUGUUCAAUGUUUGUCAGAUCCAGUACACCUUAUAGUGUGUAUUGUAAUUCUGUACAGAGAACAUUACAUAGUGCAUAGUUGUAAAGUUUAAAAAAAAAAGUUUCUGUUUAAUAGUACAAAUUAUGUUUUUGUGAUUAACUAUAAUACGUCAUGUGUAGAGUGACUUAUAACAGAAAUUACAGCUGGGGUAACCAGAACCUGCAAUAAUAAGAGACAACCUCCACACAACGUAUAACCUUGCCAUACCGCUUAACGGAAUACAGGAGAAGUAUACAGUGAACCACUGUUGCAUAUCUACCUUAGAAGAGACCUUUCACAAACUCAGGUACCAGUACAAUGAUACACCUGACUGUGAUUGACCGCGAUGUCAAGAUUUUUUCUGUAUUUUGAGUGAAGACACACCUUGGGAGUUGUAUGUAGGUAACAACAGUAAGGUAGCCAGGCACUAUACAGUAGGUUUGGCAGUGGAAUGAUGAAUUGCCUCUACACAGCCUACUAGCCACUCCAAGUGAUAACAGCUGUACAGUUGUUAAGUAUGAAAUGAGUUGGGAGUUCAAGUAACUACCCUCACUUUUGGAGAACACAGACAUGAACCAGCCUGCAGUUUCGUAGCAGUGGAGAUGUUUAAAAACUUUCAUAAUGGUAACAUCCCACCAGCUGAGUGGGAGACUUUAAGUAUGAUGUGUUUGAAGGUUCAUUGCUCCAGUAUGUGGAGGAGUCCAUUAAACAUUGUGCAGUUGUUGGUAAUGCUUAUAGCAUCUAGUAACACGGUAUGGGGAAUGUUGUUUUGUAUUGGAUUUAGAGUUCAUAGAACAAUAAAGAUACAAGUAUGUUUUCAUUAUUUAUUAUGUUUCGUGAAGCUCAUUUACAUCUUUUGUAACAAACAAAAGCAGAUCGACCGAGUAUCAGCAAACUCAAUUAGCCUCCAAAACUCAGGAGUGCAGAUGAUUAGAAUGCCAGGAAUUUUAAACAGGUUUUUAUCAAUUUUAUUCUGCUCUUAAGAUUCCUCAGCGGGCUUUAGAGAAGCGUGUGGGCUGCUGUGAGACCUGGAAAAAAAAAAACAGACUGCACAUUUAAAAGACCUCAGGGAUGGGCAUUAUCAGUGUAACAAAGAGAGGGCUUGGAAAUGGAGAACAUAAUGCUUUUCAGAACACUGGGAUUGCAGUGUACUACAGGAGUGCAGGCCUUUGAUGUUAUAACAAUCCAAAACAAAGGACAGUUCAGACACCCCAUGCAACAAUGGAUUGUUUUUCUGCACAUCCCUAACUUAAAAUUGCCUGAACGCUAAUACCAAAAAUCUAUAGUAUAGCACAGUCCUUUUCUAAUAGUGGGAGAAUGUAUGCAUGUUUUUAUAUGGACUGUACUUGAAAUUGUGCAGUAUAGUGGGUAAUAGUAUAGUAUACUAUGCUGCUGUGAUAGGCUUGUAUAAACCAGAGGGAUGAAACCCAAGGUAGCUGAUGUGCAUUAUUCAUAGUGUGCAUGGUAUAUUACAAACAUUACUGUAAGGGUAUUAGGGGUGCGAUCAUCUGCAAUUCUAAGGGAACAAAAUACUUUUCAUGCCAACUUAAUCUAAAUUCUUCAUUAUGGAACUGCUGUAGUUUUACUGUCAGUUUUAAUAGCACUGUGCAUAUUUUAUUGCUAGUAGAGAUUCACACAUUAAUUUGUUACAGUGGUUUUAAUCAGCAGAUAGUGCCAUUCAACUCUUUAGAGCUACAAUCUCACAGGGGACGCAAAACUGAAAUUACUUUAAAGCAACUUACCUUCAUAUCUGUGUAAUUGUACACAAACCUCCCACAAUUUUGGAUGUCCUUUUUCCAUUCAAAUUAACCAUUUACUAAGGCAAGGAUUAUAGAAAUCCUCUAUUUACUUCCUUUACAUUCAGUUUUGAGUGAGAUAUCGGUAAUUGAAUGCAGUUUCUGCUCAAGCUUUACAAGCUAUAUGAAGAGACUAGGUCUUGCUGUAAGACUGAUGAGACUAGAAUGUCAACAUGGUUUGGACUGAGUUGACUGACACCACUGGGAUAUGUUUCCAUGACCUACAACCUGUGGUUAACCCUUGGCAUUCAGUAACAUUGCUACUGUUUGCCUGACAAUGUGCUAAUAUGUUGUUUUUGUUUAUUUUCAUAAUUGCAGAAAGCAAUAAAGAAGCAAUUAAUAAGAUCUGCAAUAAAUACAAUAACACCACUGCACCAGAAUAUAUUUCCUGCGUGAAGUAAUCACCAAUGACACACUCUGAUUAUCUCUUUCUUAUCUAAAUAUACUGGAUUCUACCUUUCUCUUAUGUAUACAAUUUCCAUGUUUUUACCUCACUGACAUAUUUACCUUAUUUUCUGACUUAACAACAUUUUACAUUGACCUGUGCACACCUAUACAAGGAUAAUAUGCAAUUCUUGCAUCUACAGGGAAGGGCACAAUGACUUCUCAUGAUGGGACCAUCAUAGAUUUUCACACUUUAUCAUUAGGAGGCCUUCCAUUGCAGAGCAAUAAAUAAUAAGUAAAAAGGCCAGCAAAACAAGAUCGAACAAUAAAAUAAAUAAAAGUAAAAUAAAAGACAUACACAAAAAAAAGAAAACAUGGGUUUCAUGUGUUUAUUGGAUUUAAAUCUAACUUGUGUACUGUUUCCAGUAUGCUGUUAAACUUGUUGAAUAUAAAUAGAUAUAAAAGCGUGAGGAAAAAUUAUUUUAUGCAUUGCCUGGAUUAAGUCUCAGAUAUUUCAUGUCUGGUGCUGUAGGCUUAUCUCCCGUAGGUACUGUAUAUUUCAUGUACUGUAGUAAAGUUUGGACCAUAACCCUGUUUUAAUGGAUUUAUGCUGCUCAUUCUAGAGCUGCAAAAUUGAUAGCUGUGGCAUGUUGUCAAAUUAAACCUCCUCCAGCCGGAUUGCCAAGUAUUAUCUAGACUUUCAAACCAUGGCGUCUUCUCAAGAAGCUCAGAAUGACCUCCCUCCAUUCUCUGCAUGGAUGGCUCGAAUAUCUGAAGCCAUAUCCACCACAUUUCUCAACCUUGGUCAGGGAACAGCUACUGGGGAUGAAAACGCUGACACCAAUGCAAACGACUAUGACAGCCUUAAAUCUGAUUCGGACGUGGAAGACAUCCCUGAGGAGUCUGAGGAUGAAACUCAGAGUGUGGGGAGCACAGAUUCACUGCAACCUGCUGGUGAUGUACAUGUGGAACCAAACAACGACAAUAGCUAUCAAAGCAGUGCCAGUGGAGGCUUGGACAUCUCUCCUUCAACCCAGCAUGAUAAUGUUUCGGUGCAAUCUGCUGGCUCAGAGAUUAGCUACCAGGCCUUUACUGAUGACCAACUUCUAGACAGGCUUUCUACCAUUCCUGAAGAGACUGAACACCUGGAUAACCAGAUAAGAGACCUUCAGGUGGAUAUUAAAACACAUGAGCUUCCAAGCAUUGGUAAGAACCCAACGGCAGACGGAGAUAGGUUGAGUAAGAGUUACCACGAGGAUGACCGCUUAUCGAUGGGUGGCCAUGCGGCCUCUGAGAGGGGAGAUUCGGGGCUGCGCCAGGUGUCUGGGACAGAAGGCAGCAUCGCCCCCAGUCCCAGCAGACAGGCCACCGAGGGAAGUCUGGAGAUGGAGACAGCCUUCGACAACCAGGGCUAUGACGUGAAUGAGGCGACAGACAGCUCAUCAGCCUGGAGCCCUGAGGAACAGGAAGCUACUGAUGGACCUUCCCAGCAGCCCGACACGCGCAAACCCAUAUCAAAGUGCGGGGACCUCAUUAUUAUACUUGACUAUAAGGCCGACAGCCAGAAGCUGCUAGUAACCGUGGUGACCGCGAAGGGCAUCCCGGAUAAGGACCGCAGCGGAGUGGACACCUGGCAGGUUCAUGUGGUCCUCUUGCCCAGCAAGAAGCAGCGGCACAAGAGCGGGGUGCAGAGGGGCUCCACGCCCAUGUUCAACGAGACCUUCCGCUUCAGCAAGCUGGAGGCAGACGAGCUGGGACACUACGCACUGCGCUUCCGCCUGUACGCCGUGCGCAAGAUGACCCGCGAGAGGAUGAUGGGAGAGAAGCUGUUCUACCUGAGAAACUUGAACCUGGAGGGAGAGAUGGAAGCGGUGCUAGAGCUGGAACCGCGGAGCAACAUGAGUCAAAGCCUACUUUUGGCGAAUGUAAACCAACUGGACAAGAGCGGUGAUUCCCAGGUGAGCUUGUCUGCCAUCUCCCACAGCGAUAGCGCCUCAUCUACACAGUCCCUGUCUCACGGAGGCAUCCCAGAGCUCCUCAUUGGCCUGUCGUACAACGCCACCACGGGCCGGCUCUCCAUCGAGGUCAUUAAAGGCAGCCACUUCCGAAACCUGGCCCUCAACCGACCACCCGACACCUAUGUGAAACUCACACUUCUGAACUCGGUGGGUCAGGAGAUCUCUCGGUGUAAGACGUCUAUCAGGAGGGGCCAGCCCAACCCCAUCUACAAGGAGACCUUCAUUUUCCAGGUGGCUCUCUUCCAGCUCUCCGAUGUCACGCUCAUGAUCUCCAUCUACAACCGCCGCAGCAUGAAGCGCAAGGAGAUGAUCGGCUGGGUCUCCCUGGGCCAGAACAGUAGCGGGGAGGAGGAACAGAACCACUGGUUGGACAUGAAGGAAUCCAAGGGCCAGCAGGUGUGCCGGUGGCACGUCUUACUUGAAUCCUAGACUUCCAUACGAAAGUCCAGAGAAGGUCCUCUAAAGAUUGUGGCCUUGUACGAAUCCAACGAGGACCAGUGUAGACUUCUAGAACUGGCCGCUUAGCUGGUGCUAAGAUGAGUUCUGUUGCUUGUUUGCAUUUUGAUUACUUUUCUAUCAACCAGAACCUACUUCAGACCAGUUGCUGCAGUGCAUUCAGAAUUACACGAGGCAAUCUAGGUUUGAUGUAACAAGGGUUUGUUCAGAUGAAAGGUCAUCUAUUAUUGUUCACUGUUAGAAGUCCUCAUGAGGUGGCCUAAUGCACUAAAUCAUUAAUACUAAUUCUUAUGCACUUGCGAUACAUUUUUAUUGCAUGCCAUACGUUUUUAACACUAAGUAAAAGGAACUAUGCCAAAAGCUGAAUGUUCUCAAAAUGAUCAACUGUUCUGCAGUGCUGUGUCAUUUUUUUGUUUUAGAUACACAGUCCCUAGAGAAGCUAUUUCACAAACUAUCUUCCUAGUCAUACUCUUCAGUUCAUCUUAACUUCCAUCCAUUGAGCCUUGAGGAAUACGUAUCAACUGCCAGUGGUGUGCUUGGUUUUAGAAAGUGAAAUACCAUGAGCUGCAGCUCUAGAUAUUCAGGCAAUGUGCCACAUCUACCUCACAAUCAGCCUUUGCACUCUCAUGUAGGGAGUCCCACCUGUAUAUCAUGGCAGCACAUUUGCAUCUUUAACCCUAGUAAACUAGGUGUGGAUUGGCUGUUGUGAAUGGUAGCCCUGACCUACAGAGAACUGAACUCUAGUUUCAGGACCUGCCACCAGUCUACAUUAGAGGAACAGCAGCAGGCAUUAAAGAACAGUGGCUGCUGGUAUGGAGCCUGGCUAUUGUCCUGGGUGGACAGCAGCUGUAAAGUGAGAUCUAGUGAGUGAUACUGAAUGUUGUGUAGAAUUAGAUUGCUGUUGGUUUUCUGUCGCGGCAUGCUCACCACAAAGGAGAUGAUGUUUGUAGGAAUUUCCUUUAAUUUGCAUUUCAAAAAUACUUCAGUCCAUUUAAAAUGUUGCCCUGUCUGUUAUGUUGUAAAGUCAUGGUCUUUGUCUCUGAAAACAGUCUGAGAGGAUCUCUAAAACCUUGUGUCAACAGUAGUGUGACGUUCACUUUGAAAUGUCUCAUUUUUUAGGGGACAUUCCUCACAGUGUCUACAAACGCAGAGCUUUCUUUGAAUUCCUUUCUAUUCAUUCUGACACCAAGAAACACUGGCUAGAGUCCAAACAACAAAGCAUUUUACUGUUAACCAUAUAAUCCCAAAACACACCUACAGUACGCAUGUCCUUAUAUUCAUGUAUAUUUAAAAAAUAUAUAUAUAUAUGCAUUAAAAUAUAUAUGUAUAUUUUAAUGCAUUUGAAAUAAAAUCUAUUUUAUAUGGCAUGACUUUAUAUUUUAUUCUGUCUGUAUGUUUUUAUAAAGUGCCUGUAGGUAAGCGUCGGUGUGGGGCUAUGAUGUUUAAGUAUUACGAGAAACAAAACCAGUGUUUAAGACCAGCAUGCGCUAAAUGUGUUGCCGUGGUAUCAAAUGGAAGCAUGAUCCGUCAACCCCCAGGGGGCAGUCUACACAGGGCCUCUGCAAUGCAUGCAAAGAUGCUGCAACCAGAACACAAUGUUUUGUAUGUAUUUUAUGAUAGUGUCAGUUGUGAUUAACAGUGCAAUAUUCAGUAGUAAAUGAUGUGCAUCUUCAGGGCUGCUAAUCCGACACACAUAUAAAUGUUUUAACAAGAAAGGUGGGAAAUCUCUGUGAUAGCAUCUUGCUAGCUGAAACCAAACUGGAAGCUAACCGUUAUGGAAGUUUCCUAUAGUGGGUUUCACACAGUAUAGCAUGGCGAUUCUGCAGCUGUGCUUUGACCACUUCCUGCUCUACUACAUUAAAACUUAUAUAAGGGAAUUAUAAACAAACAACUCACUGAAUGUUGAAUCUCUAUAAAAAGAUUUGCAAUGUAUUUAAACUUUUUUUUUUUUUUUUAUAAAAAUGAAAAAGGUGCAACAAUACAUUUGCUGUCCAGCAGAUUAGUGUUGCCAACUGGCUCUGUGUUCAUUUAUACAUGAUAUGUAAUUUAGUGUACAUACAGCUAGGGCCAAAAUGUUUUGCAUCACCCUAGAAUCAACUACUCCAUAUACUAAAUAAAAAAAAAACUGACAAAAUGUUGAAUUCUAACAUGAAAUACUUUUAUUUGGUUUAUAUUAUGGCUUCAAGUAGACUUUUGCGAUAUAAUUUUCUCGUUUCUUUGAUUACAUGAUGUUAAAUAAAAAAAAUAAAGCUUUUUCUUUUUUAUUAUUAUUAUUAUUAUUUUUUAAUUUGUAUAAUGUCUCCAUCCUAAAACUCUAGGUGAAGCAAAACUUUUGGCCAUAGCUGUACAUGUUGUAAAAUGGGACACACAGAACGAAUACGGUGUCUGCUCAAACACUAUACCUGGGAUAAUUCAUCAUAUCUGUGCAUGGUACUCUUUUUAUUUCACCAAGCGGAAUAACCUGUAAUUCUAACAACCAGUGGAGGGUAGAAUCCCUGAAAGGGUGUGACUACUGUCCUUGUGCUCUAUUAAAGAGCUCUUGGAGAGCUUCUCCUGUAAUGAUCUAUACAGUACCUAAAGGAAGGAUUGUUAAUGUUAACUGCACAUAUACAGGCUAAUAAACGAAUGGCAUAUACCCCCUCAAAAAGCAUACCAACAAUACCAAUAUUUAUAGUGCACUUCAUGCAUUACGAGUAAUGUCCUAUUUAUGCAAACCAUGUCAUAUAGAUAAACUAUCAAUGAGCAGAUGAAAAGAGCAAACUAAUUCAAAUAGAAAUAUACAGCAAGGCUAUACCCUUUAGCAUUCUGCACCUACAGUGUUAAGUGUGUCUUAUUCUUAUUCCUGGUCUCAUACAAAAUCUUGUUCUGGAACCGCAUUCAAAAUGUGCAUAAUUGAAAUUGUCAAGUAGUGUCCUACAAAUAAAAAAAAAAAAAAAACUUUUAAUAUGAGGUGAAUUAAAAAUGACUAUUAGACACGAAACUGUGAGGGCCUAUGAAAAUGAUGGUUGUUCAGCUUCCCUGCUUUGUAAUUUUUCGAAUUGUAUGCUGGUACAUCAAAAAGCUGUUUUGUGGCCAAGUUAAAGUUCUUUCUUAAAAUGAAAUAAAAUUAAUUAUGCAAUACA